AUCAUCAAUCUGUCAAGAAACCUAACCCUACACCAAAUUUAAGGUCCAUUGUCGUCCUCAUCAACCCAGCGUCGUCCAAACCCAUCCUCAUCACCAUCUUCGUCGUCAUCUUCAACCUCCAUCCGUCUCUGCAUCUUCCUCCUCGAUCCCUUUGCCUCGCCUUCAAGCAUCGUCGGUCACCCGGAAAAGCCAUAAAUUUUAGUGAGAGAGUGGAGGCUGCACCUAGGUGGAGCAAGAAAGGCGCGAGCUUUUUGGUGGUGGUGGUGGCGGUGGCGGCGGCCAUGUCGAGUCCUAUGCACGUUCGCAAGGCGAUCCACUUCGUGUCCAUGAAGGCCAAGCUGCAGAGCUUCGUCGGGCUGCGUCUCCUCGUCGUCGGCUGCCUCGCGGCGUUCUUGCUGCUGUUCGCGGUGAGGACGAUGACGUUCAGUGGCGGGGCCGGCGCGACGGCGGCGUCGGCGGCGAGGGCCGCGGCGGGCGGCGGUGGGGACUGCGGGAAGCUGCCGGCGGCGGUAGCGCAGGCGAUGGUGCACUACGCGACGGCGAACGUGACGCCGCAGCAGACGGCGGCGGAGAUCGGGGUGUCGCUGCGGGUGCUGCAGCGGCGGGCGCCGUGCAACUUCCUGGUGUUCGGCCUCGGCCUCGACAGCCCGAUGUGGGCGGCGCUCAACCACGGCGGCCGCACCGUGUUCCUCGAGGAGGACGCCUCCUGGAUCGCCAGCGUCAAGGCCGGCCACCCGGGCCUCGAGUCCUACCACGUCGCCUACGACACCCGCGUCACCGACGCCGACGACCUCAUCGCGCUCCGCGACCACCCGGCCUGCACCGCCCAACCCGACCUCGCCGCCGCCACCGAGGCCUCCUGCCGCCUCGCCCUCCGCGGCCUCCCCCCGGUGUUCCACGAGCUGGAGUGGGACCUCAUCAUGGUGGACGCGCCGACGGGGUGGACGCCGGAGUCGCCGGGCAGGAUGGGCGCCAUCUACACCGCCGGCAUGGCGGCGCGCGCCAGGUCGCCCGGCACCGGCGCCACCGACGUGUUCGUCCACGACGUCGACCGGCCGGUGGAGGACAGCUUCUCCAAGGCGUUCCUCUGCGAGGGCUACCUCGCCGAGCAGGUCGGCCGGAUCAGGCGCUUCGUCAUCCCCAGCCACCGUGAGAAGGACGGCACGCCAUUCUGUCCCUGAUGAGAGAGCUCCGCUCGCCGUCGCCGGCCGGCCGCGCCGCCACAUGUGCACCAUGACACCAUUGCCAUCGUCUUCUUCCCAUGUCUUUGUGAACCAAAGGAUAGUUCAAGAUAGCUACGAUGAGUCAUGGAUGCACGGAUCAUGCCCCAAUGGAGGCGGUGGCGAGACCAUCCGAGCCGUCCGAUCGAGAACCGACGGUUCAGAUCGGCCCUGGAGAUAUUGUUGGUGUUAUUAUAUAUAUAGUUUUCUUUUUAAAAAAUGCAUUUUUUUUUGGGUUUUAUCAGAUGGUGGUUGAGGUGGAUGCAGGCAAAUUAUAGUUCUUGGCUAUUUUCCAUGGAUUAUCAUUGUGUUUUUUUAAUUCAUAAUUGAGAUACCAUCUUGGAUGGGUGGGUCAUCUUGGAAACUGGCAUAAUUUGUGGGGGAAAAUACAGGUGGUUUUGGAUGAGUAAUUAACAAUCAAUGUGGCUGCAGUGAGGGUGUGAAAGUA